AUGCGUGAAGAUAGAGGGAGACCGUCUAACGUUAGCACACUAUCUGGUGUUUAUGUAUUCCUUGGGUUCAGUGCAGGAGAGGAGAGGAGAGGAGAGGUGAGAAAAGGAGAGGAGGAUGUGGAUGGCCCCUCGGUACAUUUUCUUCGAUUCAGCGAGCACCGUUGUGCACUGAAUGAUCAACAACAGCACAGCACAGCAGCAACCCUACCCAUUCGUUCUGCAAGCGCCCAUCUCUUGGGGGACAUCCAACGUGAAUGUGGCCUUCUAUCGCUCCUUUCCAACAUAUCUCAGCAUCGACACACCACACUCACCAUACCCUCCGUACCCAUACCAUUCCAUCGAGACACACACAGCGAGGGACGCGAUUGGAGGAGGGGACCGAGUCGAAUAAAUUCUGUUGAUCGUUGUGCUUCGAUUAUAAUUUCCACUCAUUGCCUAUCUCAUAUGAAAAAUAUGAAGUAUGCCGUAACUGGUUCAUUGAAAAUAUCGCAGGAAGUAGUAUAUCAACCGUCACCACUUGCGAAUGGUAGCUAUAGUAAUCCGGGGUCGGUCGGUCUUCAAAAAGGUAAUGUGAAAGGAAAAGUGGCCGGAAGAUCGGAUUCGCGAGAUGUUGUGUUUUCACCGGCUGUUGGUCAAGGUGGACCACCACCGCCACAAAUGCCAUUACACAUACAGAAUUCGCCAGUUGGCACUGCACUACCCGGCACUGUCCGAAUGGAAGUACCUUCAUCUAGUUCUACACUGGGACCUCAACAAAUGCAACAGCAGGUGCCCAAUCAACAGAGUAUGGGUCCGGUUCCACCUUCUGCUUAUUCAGCUGGUAUGUAUCCAUCUUAUUGGCCACCACAGCAGAUGCGCUAUAUACAACCAGGAAAUUUACAUCCCGGCCAUUAUUACCCAGUGCAGAAUCAAAGUCCCAUGCCACCAUCAGCCUUUUCCGGAUAUGGUAUACCACCAGGAGUACGCCAUAUGAUGCCAGCAGGUUCAGCUAAAAUGCAGCAACCAUCACAAAUGGAAAUACAACGUAUGCCGAAUGGACCGGUGCCAUCUGAUUGGCAGUCCAGAAUAACUACUCCAAAAUCUCUUCCGGAAACAGUGCAACAAACUACUGGACAGCAGUCAUUGACUCCUUCGUCUGGAAUACCAGCACCAAGUCCUGGGGGUACCUCUUCAGCUGCCGAUGAAUCGUUGGAGGAUUCCAAAUCUUUGCCCGGUGCAUCCCCGAAUCCAUGGCCUCAUACGCCGUCACAGAUGAGUCAAGGACAUAGGACCCCGGUGCCUGCAAAUCGACCAAAUACACCCACAGUGAACAAACGGCAAGAUCCAACAUCCAUUAUUGAUAGACUAGUGGGACCCGUAACUGCUAUGAAUCCGCAACACAUUAUGCCUGAGAGGAGAGCUUUUUUCGAAAAAUUGGUCCAGUUCUGUGAACAACAGGGCGAACCAAUUACACAGGUUCCACAGGUUUCAAAGCAGACGGUCGAUUUGCAUCGUCUUUAUUUAGCUGUAAUGAAACGUGGUGGUUUUGAACAGGUAACGCGCGACAAGACAUGGAAACAGGUUUGUACAGAAGCAAAUUCGGAGAUGUCCGAGUCGUCUGCAGCUGGUUACCAGUUAAGGCGACAUUAUCAGAAAUAUUUGCUAGGAUUGGAAUGUUUGGAAACGGGCAAGAAUGCUAGUGAGGUGGUUGCAUUUGCAGAGCGUUUGAAAAAGCGCCGAAAAGAUAACAAGGAUCAUAAUGCGCAACAAUAUCCAGGACCUGGUAUGCUUUAA